GUAAUAUGAUCUCAUUGAUUUGGCAACACUGUUUUAUUUCGAUAGUUUUACCGCCAAAAUAAAUGUCAUGGUAGAAGGUUAGGAAAAAGAAAUAGAGAAUUUCCAUUAUGUUUCCAAAUAAAUUUAGAAAAAAGCGUACAGAGAAUCAGAACAAUGAAAACGUUCCCAAUGCUAGAAGGGAAGAAACUUCUGAACUGAGAUUACGACAAGCGCAAGAAAAUGAUGCGAUUGAUACAAAGUACGGGUUUGUAAGAAUAACAGAGUACCAAGAACGAACCGGUUUCCUGUUGAACAUACACACUAAUGAGAUCUUAAAUGAUGAUAAAAGGCUUAUAUCGGCGGUCGACUAUUACUUUAUGGAAGAGGAUGGUACACGGUUUAAAGUAUCCUACCCGUUCAAACCCUAUUUUUACAUUCUGACCCAGCGAGAGUUACUUCACGAGGUUUCUAUGUACCUACUUAAAAAAUACGCUGGUACCAUUGACAGUAUUGAAGAAGUAGUUAAAGAAGAUUUAGACCUACCUAACCACUUGAUCGGAUUAAAGCAGCGCUAUUUAAAGUUGUCGUUUGUUAGUCAAAAUGAUUGCAUUAAAGUUAGAAAAGACAUUCUAACGGUGGUUAGGAAAAAUCGAAAGCGCAAAGAACAGAACUGCCACUAUGCAGCGCUAGUUGUGGAAAAUAUUGCUAAAAACACUACUGAGUCGUCGCAUACAAGUUUAAAUACAGAUCAUCUGGAGAACAUUCUUGACAUAAGAGAAUAUGAUGUACCAUAUCAUGUACGUGUCUCGAUCGAUCUACGCAUAUUUUGUGGAUCAUGGUAUACAGUGAAGUGUAAGGCGGGAGGAAAUCAUCCUCCUUUAUUUACGCCCAGACCUGACAUCAUUGAGCGACCCGAACCGAUUGUCUUGGCUUUCGAUAUUGAAACUACAAAAUUACCACUGAAGUUCCCGGAUGCGAACACCGAUCAGAUUAUGAUGAUCUCGUAUAUGAUUGAUGGACAAGGAUUUCUAAUUACGAAUAGAGAGAUUUUAUCAGCGGACAUAGAGGAUUUUGAGUAUACACCGAAGCCUGAACUCGAAGGAAAGUUUACGAUUUUCAACGAGCCCAACGAGUUCAGCUUGAUUCAGAGAUUUUUCUAUCACAUUAUGGACGUUCGCCCGCAUAUUUUCGUAACCUACAACGGUGACUUCUUCGAUUGGCCCUUCGUUGAGGCACGCGCUGCCUUUUACGAAUUGGAUAUGAAGCAGGAGAUCGGUUUCUCCAAGUCCAAAGAUGGCAUUUAUUCGUGCAGAGCUGCAACCCAUAUGGAUUGCCUGUGCUGGGUGAAGAGAGAUUCGUACCUUCCUGUCGGAUCGCAAGGUCUGAAGGCGGUAGCCAAGGCUAAAUUGAGGUAUGAUCCGGUUGAGUUGGAUCCAGAAGAAAUGUGCCCAUUGGCGGCAUCCCAGCCGCAGGUUCUUUCUAAUUAUUCUGUGUCUGAUGCUGUUGCCACUUAUUAUUUGUACAUGCAGUAUGUGCAUCCUUUCAUUUUUGCUUUAUGUACAAUUAUUCCAUGUGAACCGGAUGAAGUCUUACGAAAAGGCUCAGGUACCCUUUGUGAAGCACUACUUAUGGUGGAAGCUUUUCAAGUUAACGUCAUAUUUCCGAAUAAACAAGAGACGAUUUUGAAUAAACUGACUGACGAUGGUCAUCUAUUACAUCAGGAAACCUACGUUGGAGGUCAUGUGGAGGCUUUAGAAUCGGGUAUUUUUCGAGCAGACAUCCCUUGUCGUUUUCGAUUGGACAUAGAGAUGCUCGACACCUUAAUAUCGCAAAUAUCAAAGACUUUAACUCACGCGAUUGAAGUCGAAGAAGGUAUCCCUUUAGAUUGUGUAACCAAUUUGCAAAACGUAACUGAUGAAAUUAAGACGAAAUUGGAAGCUUUAAAGGAACAACCGAUGCGAUUAGAAAAACCACUGAUUUAUCACUUAGACGUGGGCGCGAUGUAUCCCAAUGUAAUUUUAACAAAUCGACUACAACCAUACGCAAUGGUAGAUGAAACUGUUUGUGCUGCUUGUGAUUUUAAUAAACCUGGGGCGACUUGCCAACGUGGAAUGGCAUGGAUGUGGAGGGCCGAAUACAUGCCCGCGAGCCGCAGUGAGUAUCAUCGUAUACAACAACAACUUGAAACCGAGAAAUUUCCGCCUCUUUUUCCAAACGGACCACAGCGUGCGUUUCACGAGUUGAAAUUAGAGGAACAGGCGGAAUUAGAAAAGAAGCGUAUGGGAAUUUAUUGUCGUAAGGUUUAUAAAAAACAGAAGGUUACUAAGAUGGAGGAACGUACGUCGACAGUGUGCCAGAAGGAGAACUCAUUUUAUGUUGAUACUGUACGUGCCUUUCGAGAUAGAAGAUAUGAGUACAAAAGUCUUUCGAAAAAAGCUAAGCAACAAGUAGUUGUUGCUGUAAUAGGAGGAAAUGCGGCCGAAAUAAAAUCGGCGAAAAAUCGCGAAAUCCUCUAUGAUUCCCUGCAGUUAGCCCACAAAUGUAUUUUGAAUUCAUUUUACGGUUACGUUAUGAGACGAGGGGCACGCUGGCAUAGCAUGGAGAUGGGGGGAAUUGUGUGCUAUACAGGUGCAAACAUAAUCAUGAAAACAAGAGAAAUUGUGGAACGUGUAGGACGUCCACUCGAGUUAGAUACUGACGGAAUUUGGUGCAUUCUUCCAGCCUCAUUUCCUGAUAACGUUACGGUGACCACUUCAGAUGAAAAGAAGAAGAAACUAAAUAUUUCGUAUCCAAACGCUGUGUUAAACGCAAUGGUUAAAGCUAACUUUACUAAUGACCAAUAUCAUGAAUUGACCGAUCCAUACUCGUUGAGCUAUGUCCAAAAAAGCGAAAACUCAAUUUUUUUUGAGGUGGAUGGUCCAUAUAGAGCCAUGGUCUUACCCGCCUCUAAGGAGGAAGGUAAAAAGCUAAAAAAGCGGUAUGCUGUUUUCAAUUUUGACGGUUCACUCGCUGAACUGAAAGGAUUUGAGGUUAAACGCAGAGGGGAACUACAAUUAAUUAAAAUUUUCCAAUCUUCGGUUUUUGAAGCAUUUUUAAAAGGCGACAGUUUAGAGUCUUGUUACGCUGCGGUGGCACAAAUCGCCGAUUAUUGGUUGGACGUUUUAUACUCGCAAGGAAGGCAUAUGCCCGAUUCGGAGUUAUUCGAUCUAAUCUCGGAAAACCGAUCGAUGUCACGCAAGCUUGAGGAUUAUGGGGCCCAAAAGAGUACAUCUAUAAGUACUGCGAAGCGUUUGGCAGAGUUUUUAGGAGAUCAAAUGGUUAAAGAUGCCGGACUUGCUUGCAAAUAUGUUAUUUCGAAGAAGCCGGAAGGAGCACCAGUUACCGAGAGAGCGAUUCCAUUAGCGAUAUUCCAAGCGGAGGAAGCUGUUCAAAAGUACUACCUGCGGAAAUGGUUAAAGGAUUCGUCUUUGAACGAUUUUGAUAUUAGAGACUUGUUAGAUUGGAGCUAUUACAUUGAGCGUUUGGGUGGCGCAAUUCAAAAAAUUAUUACCAUUCCAGCUGCUAUGCAAGGAGUUUCAAAUCCAGUACCUAGAGUGCGCCACCCUGACUGGUUACACAAAAAAAUGCUGGAAAAGGAUGAUAAUUUUAAACAAAGACGUAUAACCGAUAUGUUCUCUGCUUGCGCGAAAAACGCUGCUAAUACCUUGCCCACAUCCAAAGUGAAAGACAUCGAAGAUUGUGGCGUUACCAAAAAAUCUCCUCUGAAAAAACCAAUUGCAAAUGUCAACAAGCGCAAGCGCCAACAGGAAAAUGAAUUUGAAGGUUUCGAUUUAACUCUAAGCUGGAGGGAAGCACUAGGUACACCCCCACUUUUGGGGGAAACCAAGGCCGAUUUCGACGCUUGGCUCGCAUUCCAAAAAAAGAAGUGGAAGUAUCAAAUGUUGCAACGGUUGGAAGGGCAGCAAAAAGUGAAGAGACUAAAAGGAAGUACUGCAGUUGUAAGGUCGGCCGCUCCAGGUACCUUACAAGGUUUCCUGUUAAAGGCCCAGCGUGCUUUGCUUGCAAAUCCAUGGCAGAUUUUGCAGAUCGUUAAAACGAAUACCCCGGGUGAAUUUUUAGUCUGGGUUCUUGUCGAGUCAGAAAUACACAUUGUUAAGCUGAUAGUGCCCAGAAUGUUCUAUGCGAAUCUACGUACCCCAAAGUGUGCAGACGAGGGCGCGUUAUUUAAAAAAUGCAAUCGCACUCUCCCUCGUUCGAAACAAGUAAAUUGCCUGUACCUCUAUACUGUGCAAGAAUCUUUAUUUGAAGAAUAUGGAAAAGAGUUGCAAUUGAACAACUCCAAUGUAGAGGGCGUGUACGAAACGCAAGUACCUCUCAUCUUCAGAGCCUUCGUCCAGCUAGGUUGCGUGUGUCGGGUAACAUCAAAGUCUCCAAAUAUGGACUCCGAUACAUUCUCUCUCUCCGAUUUAGAAAUGACGAGCAUCUCUAAGCAGCCAUACCUACCGAAAGAUAGCUUAAAGCACUUGUUUCUGUAUCAGCAUCGUUCGAACAGCGACAAGCGGCAAUUUUUCGGUCUAUUUCUCACACCGAUUAAAAAAGCGAUCAUAAUUGUAGUCGAAACUGUUCGCCAUAACGAAAUGCCUAACUUGAAGACAAUUUAUCAGGCGGAACGUAUUGCAGAACAAGAAAGAAAUCCAGAUAUCGAACUACCACCGGAAGAUCUACAAAUAAUGGUGCGCAUCGAGACAGACGUAAAGGAAGUGCAUAAGUUGCUUCAAAAACACCUACAAGCCUAUAGGGACGAGAAAAAAGGGCCCACAUUACUAGCCAUACAAACUUUAGAUGAUACUUUGCAGCUACAACAUGGCGUACCCGUUCUUACUGAAUUUCCUCAGGCUCAUAUUCAUGUUAAAGACGUAGACGAUUUAUAUAACAGUAUUGACUGGCGACGGAUUGGCGCAAAAGCUUUGAUUCGACAUUAUCUGAACAGCGAGAGGGUUUUAGAAUUCAUCACCGAGCAAUGUCGUUAUUAUCACCUACCAAUAGGAAAUCUACCAACCGAUCCGACGUUAUUCGCAUCCGAUUUAUUCUUUGCCAGGCACUUGAUCAAACAAAAUCAUGUCUUAUGGUGUUCAAAUUCGGAUCGUCCAGAUUUAGGUGGCAGCGAAGAAAGCGAUGCCCGGCUCUUGGCGGAGUCGCAGGAGGAGUCUAGUGAACUGUGUAAUAAGCCCGGAUGGUAUUCGAGUAUCUGUAUUGAAUUGGACAUCGACAGUCUCGCGAUUAACACCUUGCUUCAAGCACAUCAUAUUACAGAUAUUGAGGGAACGAGCUCCGCCACUGCUUUUGACGCUGCAGUUCCCCCUUCGUUAGAUGAGUUAAUCAGUGGCAAUAUGAAUUGUGGUUACGACGAAACGGCACGUUGUGGGGAAGCUUUUCGAAUAUUGCGCACAAUGGCAACUAUUUGGAUGCGCGAUAUUUCCCUUUACAGGAAUAGAUUUGCUGAUUUUCAAGUUAUCCAUUUCUACAGGUGGCUUCGAUCACAAAAAUCGUUACUGUAUGAUCCAGCGUUGUUGCGUAAUUUGCAAAAUUUGAUGAAGAAGCUGUUCAUGAUGUUAGUGGCGGAGUUUAAAAGAUUAGGUUGCACAAUAAUAUACGCCAAUUUUAAUAAGAUCAUACUUUGUUCCAAGAAACGCUUGGUUGAAGAUGCUCUUGCUAAUGCCGAAUUUGUAAUCACUUCCAUCCGGAAUAAGGAAUUGUUUCACUCUUUACAAAUUACUUAUAGCAAGUGUUGGGAGCAACUAAUUUGGCUCGAUUCUACAAACUUCGCCGGAAUUCAGGGAAAAUUACCUGCAGGUCUUGAAGGCGAAGCAGGCGAGGUCCAAGAAAGAAUAGAAACCACGAAUAGAGAUGUUGUGAAUGAGGACGAGCCUGUGAUUGUGAUGAAUUGGAAUUUGGCAGAGCAACUUCCCGAGGCAGGGGGGUGUCGACAUAAUUUUAAUGCGAUUAUAGCUGGCUAUAUUAAUGCAAUUUAUAUGAAACUUCGAGAGACUGAUUGUAAUGAUAGUAUUGUUGUGGGUCUUAGUCAACCGUCACUCGGUUUGGGGGCGAAUGAAGUUGUAACAAGUUACGCUAAGGAACUAAUUGAAGGGGAAGUUAGUCAAAAUCUCUUCAGAAUUGUGGAAAGGAUUUUCAAUCGGUUACCCGCAAAGAUUGAUGAUUGUUCGCCUGCUCUUGAAUUUGUUAAUGCAAUUUGCCAUGUUUUGGAUCUCGAUCCUGCAGUACACGACGAGGUGUACAACUUAAAAUGCAAUUUGUUGAAACUUAUUGGUGUAGGUGAAUUUUCAGAAAAAGCUGUAUGGAUUGAUCGUACAGUAUCUUUUGUUGUGCCUCAAAUUAUAUGUAAAGCUUGUAAUCACUGUCGCGAUUUAGAUCUAGGCAGGGAUCCUCAUAGAAGUGAUGUUGCGUGGCUGUGUCCCUUGUGUAAUACAGAUUACGAUAACAAUGAAAUCGAAGGCCUUAUUUUAGAAAUUAUUAAUAAAAAGUUUUUGGCUUACAAUUUACAAGAUAUGCAAUGUAAAAAAUGCGGCCAGAUCAAAAUGGAAAAUCUGAUGAUGCGUUGCCAGUGUGCCAGUGAAUUUAUGGGUCUACUGCCAAAAGCAGACUUUGUGAAAUUACUAGAAAAAUUUUAUAAACUUGCGAAAACUUUUAACAUGAAGAUCGUCAAGGAGUUUAUUGAGAAUGUAUUAGCAUUAAUUUAAUAAAGUUCUUUUACACUAUAA